AUGCGUCCGAACGUUGCCUUCUGGAAUUGGGUCACCCUCGUUCCCUUCGUCGUCGCUCAGACUUCGACCCCCGCUUCCAGCGUCUCAGAUCCUGCUACAACUAUCUCGGAUGUUAGCACAGUCUCCUCUGCAGUUGCCAAUGCUACCUCUACGACGGUUUCGGGCGCGGCGGUAACGCAAUCUUCGACAACCCCAUCGGACCCCGGUUCGACAUAUGCUCCCUUCCCUCCACCUGCUGAUACGCCUCUCCCAAUCUAUCCCGCGACUGAUCCGCUUAGGCCUCCUGAGGUUGGAGGACAGGCGGUCCCUAACUUUGGGCCUGCAUGGGCGGCUGCAUGGAGGCAGGCCAAAGCAAAAAUUGCCAACUUCACCAUCGAGGAGAAAGUUAGCGUAGGCACGGGAACUCUAUGGCAGGGAGGUCGCUGCGUUGGAAACAUUGCUUCCAUUGAACCCGUAGAUGGACGUGGAUGGAAAGGACUCUGCCUGAUGGAUGGCCCUCUCGGUGUCCGACCCGUUGACUACAUCACCGGUUUCCCAACAGGCAUCAACACUGCUGCAACAUUUAACCGGAACUAUAUGCGUCUUCGUGGUCUCGCCAUGGGACGCGAAUUUGUUGGCAAGGGCGUGAACAUCGCUCUCAGCCCUAUGAUGAACAUGGGACGCGUAGCCGGAGGAGGACGGAACUGGGAAGGCUUUGGAGGCGACCCUUUCCUUACUGGAGAGGCCGCAUACGAAACUAUUUUGGGUCUGCAGGAGGGAGGAGUCAUUGCCUGUGCAAAGCAUUUGGUUGCAAACGAGCAAGAGCACAAACGCAUGACGUCGACUUCGGAAAUAGAUGAUCGAACAUUGCAUGAAAUUUAUACCCACCCUUUCCUACGGAGCGUUAUGGCCGGUGUCGGCAGCAUGAUGUGCAGUUACAAUCAAUUGAAUGGCACUUAUGCCUGCGACAACGACAAGGUCAUGAACGAUAUCGUCAAGAGGGAGUACGGGUACCAAGGAUUCAUCAUGACUGACUGGUUUGCCCAACACGAUGCUGGCUCUGUUUCGAACGGUCUGGAUAUGUCGAUGCCUGGUAACAUGAUUAUCGGCGCCCUUCCUGGCCAGCCAGCACCCGUCCCUUUCGGUGACAACCUAGUUGCAGCUGUCCGAAAUGGCGAGAUCCCCGAAGCACGCGUCGAUGACAUGGCUAUCCGUGUCAUUGCUUCAUGGUAUCUCCUCCACCAAGACAGGUCGUCCUUCCCGGCCGUCAACUUCAAUGCGUUCACCCCCGAUGACGACGCCACAAAUCUCCACGUCGAUGUUCAAGACGACCACCACAAGAUCGUUCGGGAGAUCGGCGCGGCAAGCGCUGUCCUCCUCAAGAACGUGAACGGUGCUCUUCCUCUCGGCAGGAAGAACAGGAACAUUGCCCUCAUCGGAACCGGCGCUGGCGGUGGCCGUGCAGGUCCGAACCAGUUCGAUCUCCAAGCCGGUAGCGACGGUGUUCUCACGAUGGGUUGGGGCUCUGGUGCCGCCAUCUUGCCAUACAUCGUCUCGCCCCUGGAAGCGAUUCAGCGCGAGGCGAGGAAGUUCCGCACGAGCGUUGACUACUACUUGGACGACUGGAAUGUCGACGGUGCAAGUGUUAUCGCGAGGAAGAGGUCUGCGGCUCUCGUCUUCAUCACUGCCAACAGUGGAGAGGCUCUGAACAUUAACGUCGAGGGCACUACCGGUGAUAGGCUCAACCUGACCGCCUGGCAUAACGGAGAGGCGCUUAUCUCUGCUGUUGCUGCAAACAACAACAACACAAUUGUCAUCGUCAACAGCGUCGGACCCCUCAUCGUCGAAGACUGGAUUGACCACCCCAACGUGACUGCAGUUCUCUGGGCUGGAGUUCCUGGACAGGAAGUUGGAAAUGCAAUCGCUGACGUUCUUUACGGACACUACAACCCUUCCGGGCGUCUUCCAUACACCAUAGCGAAGAAGCAGGAGGACUACGGCGCCCAGCUGAACCUGGAAGGUGGCGAGACCGACAUCCUCCCUAUCCACUAUACGGACGGCUUGAACAUUGACUACCGUCACUUCGAUACCAACAAUAUUGCCCCGCGCUUCGAGUUCGGCUUCGGUCUGAGCUACACCAAGUUCACGUACAACGGCUUGCGCGUUAGCAAGAUCAAUAACGCCGUCAGCGCUGCUGAGCGUCCUUUGGUCGCCGCCUGGGAGAGGGGUGAAGCCACCCCUAUUUCUGUCGGUUCUUCAAGAGCUGCGUGGCUGCACAUCCCGGCCUACCGUGCCACGUUCUCCGUUCGCAACACUGGCUCUGUCGCUGGUAGCGAGAUCCCCCAACUUUAUAUCAACUUCCCCGCCUCCUCCGGCGAGCCUCCCUCCGUUCUCAGGGGAUUCACCAACACCGAGCUCCGUGCUGGCGAACAGAAGACCGUUACGAUCACCCUCUCGCGAUACGACCUCUCAAUUUGGGACACUGAGAGGCAGGGCUGGAGGAAGCCCGAGGGACAGUUUGGCGUCACCGUCGGGGCGAGCAGCCGCGAUGCUCGUCUGACGGGUUCCGUUCCGUUGUAA